GAGGUCGAGCGUGCUGCAAGACUCUUACGCGAAGUAGCCAAAGGGAAGAUAAUCGUGAAAGUGGACUCCGAUGAGGAUGCCAUAGUGUUCUCUAAAAUCACCCACGUUGACUUUGCUAGUGAAGUAUCCGGACGGGCGGUGAAGGAUGUGCAGAGAUAUGGAAAGGUGUUUUACGUUGAGCUCGAGGGUGACGGAAGACAUCCAGUCAUGCAUUUCGGUAUGACUGGUAUGCUACAGGUAAAAGGGGAGCUGCCGAUGCAUUACCGAGAAGCGCCUAGGAAGGCGUCGACAGACUGGCCGCCCAAGUUCAUGAAGUUUGUUCUACAUAUACAGGGGGAAGAUGACGAAGAGGCCCAACAGGUGGCGUUCCUCGACCCGAGAAGAUUGGGCCGCAUACGACUCUGCAAGUCGCCACUCACGGAAGCGCCCAUCUCGUCACUAGGGUUCGACCCCAUUAUCUCCAUGCCGGACUUCGAGUAUUUCGAGAAGGGUGUGUUGAAGAGGGCAUGUCCAAUCAAGGCACUGCUUCUCGACCAGUCAUUCAGCGCGGGAGUGGGCAACUGGGUUGCAGACGAGAUACUAUACCACGCAAGGGUGCAUCCCGAGGAGCGCUGUAAUGUUCUGAAUGGGGACCAGCUGCAAGCUCUGUAUACGCAGACAGCUGAGGUGUGCCGCUUCGCUGUGUCGGUCAAUGCGGACGACUCCCAGUUCCCUGACGACUGGCUCUUCCGGCAUCGUUGGGGCAAGGGAAAGAAGGAGAAGCAUACACUCAAACUCACUUCAGCGUUAAGGGUGAUAACUGACAGGUGCCUUGGGCCACAGCCCGACGGAAAGCCCGCCACGAUCAAGUGGGUCACCAUCGGCGGGCGCACGUCAGCUUACGUGGCAGAGCUCCAGACGCUGAAGCGAGGAAUUGUAGGCUCCGGUGUGCGUAUUUGA